CACCAUCAUCGAGUUAUAAAUAUUCUCAGAUCGACCAAGAAUUCCACGCGUAAUCGUAGAAGAAGUUCAAUUAGCGUGCUCUUUAAAAAAUGGCGUACUCAGACAAGGACAUCGUGCUCAUAACCGGCGGGAACGGGGGUAUCGGCCUUGAGGUCGCACGACAGCUCACACGAGACCACGGCAAGAGGUUCCACGUCCUCGUUGGCUGCCGCAGCCUCUCUGACGGGGAGGCUGCCGUGAAGCGGUUACAGGAAGAGGACGGCGUGGGGGAGGGGGUCGAGGCCAUCCAGAUCGACAUCACCAGCGAGGAGUCCCUGGCCGCCGCUGCCAAGCAGGUCGGUGACAAGUUCGGCAGGCUUGAUGUCCUGCAUGCGAAUGCAGGAAUUUCUGGCGACCAGACCUACGCUGGCCGGCCCAUCGGCGAGGUCAUCACCCUGACCGUCGCCACCAACGCGGCGGGCGCCGCGGCGAGUGUUGAGCACUUCGUGCCGCUGCUUUCCAGGGCCAAAAACCCCCGGGUCGUCUUCAUGAGCUCUGGCGCCGGGAGCCUGAAGCUCGCGCACGACUUUGCGUUUGUGAAGGACUACCCGGCCUACUCGGUCAGCAAGGCUGCCGAGAACAUGGUGAUGCUUUAUUACCACCAUCGGUUUCCGGGGUGGAAGGUCAAUGCUUCUAAUCCUGGCUUCAGGGCUACCAAGAUCAACAAUUAUGGCCAGGGGUCGAAGGAGACGCCCGGGCCGGUAUCUGAAGGCGCUAUGAAUGCUGUGAGAUUGACGCUCCUCGGUGAGGAUGGCGAGUCGGGCACGCACACUAUGAUUCAGGCCUCACAGGAUGAGUACAGCAAGACGAUGGAGGGCAAGAAUAACAUUGUGACUGUGCCCUGGUAGGCCACAGUGGUCUUGUGCCAACUGUGAGGUACUCUCGUGUACCUUGGCAUUGUGAAUGGACAUCCCCUCUCAUCCGUAUGAUCCCGUUUGGCUAGGCAGUAAUGGCUCUUGAUCUCCGAUUAACACUGGAACCGUGUCUCACUACAUUGUCACUGGAACUUCCUUUGACGGACCAGUACGGGGCUCACCUAGUUGCUAGCCUGUCUAGAGACCAAGCGGGGGGCCGUGUAAUGGAU